GCAUGGAGUUUGUCACUGGCUACCGGGCCGAGAUCCUGGACUUUGCGGAGCUGCUCUUCAGCUGGUACCGGCGCUUCCUGUUGGACUCGGCCUGCCGGCGAGGCAGCGAGCGCCGCAAGCGCCAGGAGGGCUCCAUCCGGCGACUGCCCCCGGAUCCGGCCCUCUGGGUGCUGCACGCCUUGCCCAACCGGGCGCUGGCCUUCACCGUGGCCGACCCGGGGCAGCAGGUGGGCGGCCGUUUCUACAGCGAGGAGGCGCUGGCCCUGGGGGACCUGGAGCGCUUCAUCACCUUCGUGGGCGCCGGCGAGGAGGAUGACGAGGAGGCCACACCUGAGACAGGUGAGGGGCGCCGGAGGUUGCAGGGCUUGGGGCAGGUAGCCACAGCAUCCCCGGAAGGGCAGCCAGGGCUCUGCUCUGUGUGGGAUGUGAUACCUAAGUAGCAGUCAAUACAACAUUCCUUGUUUUCCUAGAGUGGACAUGCAAGGGGAUGUUUGGUCCAGCCAGUCAAAAACUUCCUGUUUCCUCCUCGCUGGGCUAUCCUUCCUUUGCAUGUGACUAGAGGUGGGCGUGACCUUACCUGUCCAGGUAACACAAAAGGACAGGACAUGCAGCGCUCUCUCUCUCUUCGACUUCCUCCAUCGUUGGAGCAGCUUUUAGCUAACGGAGGUUUCAAAUCCUUCCUGUCAUUUUGUCCAAUUCUGCAUAGUCCAUUAAUUUCGCCUGCCAUUCUUCCUUCAUCGGAAUUUCUUCUUGUUUCCAUUUUUGGGCCAACAAUACUCUUGUCGCUGUUGGUGCAUAUAAGAACAGCUUGACAUCUUGUCUAUUAAUGUCUUGGCCUAUAAUACCAAGUAAAAAUGCUUCUGGUUUUUUAAAGAAUGUAUAUUUCAACAUCUUUUCAUCUCAUUAUAUAUCAUUUCCCAGAAGUUCUUUACUUUCUUACAUUCCUACCACAUGUGAUAAAAUGUUCCUUCUUUUUCUUUACAUUUCCAACAUUUAUUAUUUGUCUUAUACAUUUUAGCUAAUUUCACUGGUGUAAUAUAUCAAUUUAUACAUCAUUUUCAUAAUAUUCUCUUUCAAAGCAUUACAAGCUGUAAAUUUUAUCCUUUCAUUCCACAACCUUUCCCAUACCAGGAACAUACAAUUCAAUACCGAAUUGUGUGAUAAUGAGAGGCUUAAACAAGCCUGCAAGCAGCUCUCUGUUGUGCUCUGUAAAGGGGAAUUCACUCUGCUAAGGAAAGGGACUUGCUAGCACAAGUUAGGAAGGAUAUUAACAAACAAGAUAUCCUCUCCUGCCACCCGGAACAUUCCCACACUUGCCUCCGCAGAGGGAGGGGGAAUCAGCGCUUCUGAAUGCCCGUUGCCGGAAGCCACACGAGGGGGGAGCUGCUCUCGUGGAUGGAUCCUGCUUGCCUGUUUCCUACAGGCAACGGGGAGAACAGGAUGUUGGACCAGGUGGGCCACUGGCCUGAUCCAGGGCUCUUCUCACAUUUCCAUGGAGCCUCCAGGCCCAGGAACAGUCUAUCCCGAACCCUCGGUCCUUAGGGGCAUUUGGCUACUGGGAGGACAGGAGGUUGGACUCUGCGGGUCGUUGGCUGGAUCCAGCCAAUGGCUCUCCUCACACGGAGGUCCAGCUCCGAGGGCCUUCUGGCAGUUCCCUCCCUGCAAGAAGUGAGGUUGCAGGGAACCAGGCAGAGGGCCUUCUCAGUGGUGGCGCCCGCCCUGUGGAACACCCUCCCAGCAGAUGUCAAGGAAAUAAACAACUAUCUGACUUUUAGAAGACAUCUGAAGGUAGCCCUGCUUGGGGAUUUUUUUUAAAAAAAUGUUUGAUGUUUUAUUCUUUUUUUAAAUAUUCUGUUGGGAGCUGCUCAGAGUGGCUGGGGAACCUCAGCCACAUGGGUGGGGUAUAAAUUAUAAUUAUUAUUAUAAUGAUUAUAAUCCUUUCGUUCUCCUGCAGGCCAGCCGCUCUGGCGCGUGGACCACCUCCUGCUGGUGACGGACGAGCACGGCAGCAUCUUGGGCUUUGACUUCCAGCUGGGGGGGUCCUGUGCAGGGGCCACGGGGGCCGAGCAGCCCCUGGAGCCGCGUGCCGUCGCCCUCCUGUGCCACAGCAUGAUCUGCCCUCUGGGCACAGGGGAGCCGCGCAGGCCCAAGCUGCUCACCGUGGGAGACGCGGCCUUGCACAAGUGAGAGGCUGCGCCACUUGGUUGCAGCGCAUGACGCAGCUUCCGAGGGGCUCCUCCUUUGGUGGCAGGGCAGGGGGGGGGCACAAAGAGAAGAAUAAGCACAUUUUAAAAGAGGUUGUGCAAUACAUUUGCCCCCACCCUUUUUAAAAGAAGCAGCAAGAGAGGAGCUGACAACAGAGACCCCAUGUUCAGGGGCAGGGUACCUCCAAGGCCCAAAUAGCCUGCAAACAUGGGGCUACCUGCGCUUCGCCCUGCCUUGGAACUUCCUUGAGGCACCUGGGCCAGCUAGAGUUAGCCAGAUCCACCCCGGAGAGGGAAGGGGGUGACCCAUAGCUGGGGAAGGGCAGCCAGUUCUGCUGCUGUUGCCCACAGGUCCUCCUGCCCCCAGGCUUCCAAUGGGGGCAUCUGGGAGAAGAGGUGCUCUUGUGGAACCUCCAGGCCCAGAGACAGUCUAUCUGGGUCCUGGGUCCCAUGGGGCCCUUGGCCGCUGGGCGCUGGUCCCCCUUGGGCCUGAUCCAGCCGGUGUCCUCCUGUCUAGGUCCCUGGAGCCGCUGCUCUCGAGGCUGGGGGUGAAGAUGAGCAAGGGCCCGAUGCGCGGCUGGGGCCCCAAGCCGGCCUUCACGUUCCCCACCACCCGUGUGCGGGCCUGCCACGUCUGCAAGAGGUACAGCUUCGAGGGACAAGUCACGGCGUGGUGAGCAGCACCCCAGAGAAGGUUCCCUCCCCACCCCGCUUUCCACCCAGGCACGCCCGUCGGCACACACCACCGACGCUUGUACAAACCCCCAACUCUUGCUCUGCCACACCUUUGCAAAGCAGUGGGAGCCCAGCGGGUGCGUUGCAGAAGUUGGUACCGGGUUGCCCUUUGCUGGAAUUCCAGCAUGGCCGGGGUGUGGGAUGUGAAACACAAGAGCAGUCAAGUACAACAUUCCUAGAGUGAACAUGUUUACACAUGGGGAGGAGUGUUUGUCCAGCCAGCAGGUAAACUUCCUGUUUCCUUCUGGGCUGGGACAGAUUUCCUCUGCAUGUGACUAGAGGUGGGUGUGGCCUCACCUGUGCAGGUAACGACAAAAGCAGAGGGCAGGGCAGCCAUCUCUCUCUCUUUGACUACAUGCAUUGAAGAAGCUUAGCCAAAGAUGCCCUCUUGGCUUCCAAGAGAGGACAAAGGGACUGUCUUCUUAUGAGAUAGUUUCCAGGUGUGUGUUACUUUUCUAAGCUAAGUCUGCCUCCUGGGAUCCGAUUGUGAACAGAAUGGUGUGUGAGUAAACCUUUUUAUACUUUUAUAGAAGACUGUGUCAUGUCUUAUCUUUUAUGAGGGAAUAAGGGGAAAAUACCAGAGCAGUUAUUAUAUAUAUAUAUAUUUUAAAUGAUAUUUAUUGGAAAAAUUUUUUUUUAAAAAAUUACACACACACACACACACACACAAAAACAAGACAGAAAAAGAAAAAGAAAAGAUAAAACCAUCAUUCUCAAAUUCUCCACUUUCAAUACCUUCUUUCUUUGACCUCCUCCUCCUCCCUUUUCUUGUAUCCUGAUUAAUAAUAAUCACAGCAAAUCCUUUCCAUAAUUCAUAGUAUUCUGUCAUUACAUUACCUUAAUCUAUUUUCAUCUUAGCUUAUAGAAAACCUUAAAGUUUAAAACUUAAAUCUUAUUUUUACCAACUUCUCCUAGCCAUAACAUUCUUACCAAAUUCUUUAGACAUUUUUACAAGAGCCAAGUAAUUUCAUUUCAACAUUUUUCUAGCAUUCAUCAAUUUUAUAGAACAAUCCUAAUGGUAGGAAAAAAAAGAAAUGAACAAUCCAAUCUUCAUCCAGCGUCCCUUCCUCCUGGUCCCGGGUUUUGUCAGUCCUUUUUAUCUUGUUAAUCUAACACAUUAACCUGGUAAUCUUAUAUCCGAAGCCCUCAAGUCUCUUCCAUGUCCCUUCCGCAGCUCUUCUUCAUAUUUUCCUUUCAUUCGUGGGAACUCCAGCUUGAUAGUGUUUUUUUUGUGUGUUUUUUUUUGAAUAAUUUUUAUUAAAGUUUUAAACAAAGAAAAAAGAAAAAACAACACACACACACACAAAAAAAUACAAAAUUUAACAAUAAAAACACACAACAUAACAAUUUAAAACAAACUCUCUUUUACAUUCCCAAUUUUGAAUUACUUAUUUUCUGGACUUCCUCAUACCUCCCUCUUUUGUAUUCCAAUCUACAUUAUUUGUCCAGCAGUUUCUUUUCCACUUUUUAAAACCCAAUCUUUAAUUUAAUGAAAUAUUAAACUAUAUAGCUUCAGCUUUUUUAAACAUAAUCCUUGUUCUUAAUGUCAUAUACCUUUAAAUUUUUCCCUUUUUUUAUCAAAUUUCCAUUUCUUUAAACAUCUUUAAUCCUAAUCCUUAAUCUUAAUCUAUCUAUCACUUUAAAUCCUGUACAGCUGGAAGCCACUUAUUUUCAAUCCAACAUCCCUCUAACAUUCUUUAAUUUUACAAUGUUUCUGCAGAUAGUCUUUGAAUUUCUUCCAGUCUUCCUCCAUCGACUCUUCUCCCUGGUCACAGAUUCUACCAGUCAUUUCCGCCAGUUCCAUAUAGUCCAUAAGUUUCAUCUGCCAUUCCUCCAGCGUGGGAAGUUCUUGUGUCUUCCAAUACUUUGCGAUGAGUAUUCUUGCUGCUGUUGUUGCAUACAUAAAGAAAGUUCUAUCCUUUUUUAACACCAUUUGGCCCACUAUGCCCAGGAGAAAGGCCUCUGGUUUCUUGGGGAAGGUACAGUGGUGCCUCGCAAGACGAAAUUAAUCCGUUCCGCGAGAGUCUUCGUCUAGCGGUUUUUUCGUCUUGCGAAGCAAGCCCAUUGACGGAUUAGCGCUAUUAGCGCUAUUAGCGGUUUAGCGGCUAUUAAAGGCUUAAAGGCUUAGGGGAUUAGCUGCUAAAAGGCUAUUAAAGGCUAUUAAAGGCUUAGCAGAUUAGAUAAAGGGGAAGCGAAAAAAAUCUCAAGACUCGCAAGGUAUUUUCGUCUUGCGAAGCAAGCCCAUAGGGGAAUUCGUCCUGUGAAGCAACUUCAAAACGGAAAACCCUUUCGUCUAGCGGUUUUUCCGUCUUGCGAGGCAUUCAUCUUGCGGGGCACCACUGUAUACUUAAAUACCUUUUUUAAUUCAUUAUAUAUCAUUUCCCAGAAAGCCUUAAUCUUUGGGCACGUCCACCAAAGGUGAAAAAAUGUACCUUCAGUUUCUUUACAUUUCCAACAUUUGUUAUCGGGCAAGUGAUAGAUUUUCGCAAGCUUGACUGGGGUUAUGUACCACCUGUAUAUCAUUUUCAUAAUAUUCUCUCUUAAGGCAUUACAUGCCGUAAAUUUCAUACCAGUGGUCCAUAACUGUUCCCAGUCAGCAAACAUAAUGUUGUGUCCUACGUCCUGCGCCCAUUUAAUCAUAGCCGAUUUUACCGUUUCAUCUUGAGUAUUCCAUUUCAGCAGCAAGUUAUACAUUCUUGACAGAUUCUUAGUAUUGGGUUCUAACAAUUCUGUUUCUAGUUUUGAUUUUUCCACCUCGAAGCCAAUUUUCCUGUCUAAUUUAAAUGCCUCCAUUAUUUGAUAAUAAUGAAGCCAGUCUCGCACUUUGUUUUUUAAUUUUUCAAAACUCUGCAAUUUCAGUCUAUCUCCGUCUUGUUCCAAGAUUUCCCAAUAUUUCGGCCAUUUGACCUCCAUAUUGACCCUUUUCAAGGCUUUCGCUUCCAUUGGUGACAGCCACCUUGGGGUUUUAUUUUCUAACAAAUCCUUAUAUCUUAUCCAAACAUUAAAUAGCGCUUUCCUGACAAUGUGGUUUUAAAUGCUUUGUGUGCUUUGACCUUAUCAUACCAUAAAUAUGCAUGCCAUCCAAAUACAUUAUUAAAACCUUCCAAGUCCAAAAUGUCAGUGUUUUCAAGAAGUAGCCAUUCUUUCAACCAGCAAAAAGCUGCUGCUUCAUAAUAAAGUUUGAGGUCUGGCAGGGCAAAUCCACCUCUUUCCUUUGCAUCUGUUAAAAUUUUAAAUUUUAUUCUAGGUUUCUUGCCCUGCCAGACAAAUUUAGAAAUAUCUUUCUGCCACCUCUUGAAACAGUCCAUUUUGUCCACAAUCUGCAAAGUUUGAAACAAAAACAACAUUCUAGGCAAUACAUUCAUUUUUAUCGCAGCAAUACGGCCUAGCAGUGAAAGCUUCAAGUUUGACCAAAUUUCUAAAUCUUUUUCACUUCUGACCAACAUUUUUCAUAGUUAUCUUUAAAUAAAUUCCCAUUUUUGCUGUCAUGUUAAUCCCCAAGUAUUUAACUUUCUUAACCACUGUUAACCCUGUCUCAUUCUGAAACCUCUCUCUUUCAAAAGAUGUUAAAUUUUUCUCUAAAACCUUGGUUUUUGAUUUGUUCAAUUUAAAUCCUGCCACUUGACCAAAUUCUUGAAUCAGUUCUAAAACCCUUUUUGUACUAGAUUCUGGCUCCUGUAACGUCAGUACUAAGUCAUCUGCAAAUGCUCUCAAUUUAUAGUGUUUAGUUCCGACCUGUAUACCUUUCACCAACUGGUCCCUUCUAAUCAUGUUCAGCAACACCUCCAGGACCGAAAUAAAGAGAAGAGGGAAAUUGGGCAACCUUGUCGUGUCCCUUUUUCAAUUUUAAGUUCUUCCGUCACAACGUUAUUUACAAUUAAUUUAGCCUUUUGUUCUGAAUAAAUUGCACUUAUACCAUUCUCAAAACCUUGGCCUACCCCCAUACCCUGAAGAUUCUUCUUCAUAAAAUUCCAAGAAAUAUUGUCAAAGGCUUUCUCCGCAUCUACAAAUAUCAACACUGCUUUAGUGUUUAUGUUCACUUCUAAUUUUUCCAAAAUAUCAAUUAUAUUCCUCAGAUUAUCAGACAAGUGUCUUCUUGGGAGAAAGCCCGCUUGGUCCUUAUGAAUCUCUUCCAACAGCACUUUUUAAAAUCUCUUCGCCAAAAUAUCUGCAAAAAUUUUGUAAUCCACAUUAAGUAAUGAUAUUGGGCGGUAGUUCUUUAAUUGUGUCUUUUCAGCCUCUGUUUUUGGUACAAGUGUAAUAUAUGCUUCUUUCCACGACUCUGGUGCCCUCCUCCCCUCCAUUAUUUCGUUGCAGACCUCUUUCAAUGGUUGAAUUAACCAGUCUUUUAAGGAUCUGUAGUAUCUAGAGGUCAAGCCGUCUGGGCCUGGAGAUUUACCCAGUUGCAUAUUUUGAAUGGCACCUUCUAUUUCCUGUUCCGUUAUUCUAUCAUUCAAAAUUAGUCUCUUUUCUUGAGAUAUUUUUUGUAAUCCAUUUGUUUUCAAAAAUUGAUCUAAGUCUGUUUCUUUCACAGGCCCUUGAGUGUAUAGUCUUUUGAAAUACUUCUGGAAACAACUUCUAAUUUCUGCAGGGUUCUGUAUAUUCCUUCCAUCCACUUCUAAAUUCGUAAUCGUAUUUAAUUUUUGUCUCUUUUUCAUUUGCCAUGCCAACAGUUUACCACAUUUAUUAGCCGAUUCAAAAGUCUUUUGUCUCAUUUGUUUAAUUUUCCAUUCUACUUCCUGAUUCAUUAUUUUCAUAUAUUGUACUUGAUAUAACUUUAACUCUCUCAGAGUCUCUUGAGAUUUGGGAUUUACUCGCAAUCUUUUUUCGCAUUCAUUCAUUUUAUUCAUAAUUUUAUCCUUCUUCUCAUUUUGAGUUCUUUUCUUUAUCGCAUUCUGUUGUAUUAAGAACCCUCUCAUCACAGCUUUACUUGCAUCCCAGAUUACUCUUUUCUCCACGUUGGAACUAAGAUUUAUCUCAAAGUAAUCUUUUAAGGUUUUUUGGGCCUUCUUAAGAAAUUCUUCAUCUCUGAAUAAGGUGUCAUUCAUCUUCCAUCUGAAGGAGCCAGUUGGCAUUAGUCUCAUUUCCAUCUUAACAGCAUUAUGGUCGGAGCAAAUUUUUGGGCAGAUUUCCACCUUUUUUGUUUUUGGUGCCAUUCCUCUAGUUAUCCAAAUUUGGUCAAUUCUUGUCCAAGUCAUUUUGGCUUCAGAAAAGAAAGUUCCUUCUUUUGCCAAGGGGUUUCUAAUUCUCCAAAUAUCCACUAAAUCCAAGUUGUCUGUCAUAUCAAAAAAGGUUCUCGGUAGUCUACCAUCUUUGGUGACUACCUGUUUUUGUGCCUUGUCCAUAUAGGUAGAUACCACUCCAUUCAUAUCUCCCAUCAAAAUUAUGUUGUAAUCCAUAUGGUCCAUCAAGGUCUCAUGCAACUUCUUAAAAAAAAUCGGAUUUCCCAUCAUUUGGUGCAUAAACUCCUACGAUCAAAAAUUUUUCUCCCUGUGUUUGAAUUUCAAUUGCCACAAAUCUUCCUUGGUCAUCCUUAAAAACAAAUUUUGGUGAUAAAUUAUCUUUUGCGUAGAUCACAACUCCUCUCUUUUAACUUUAUCCGACGAAAUAAAUUCCUGACCAAGUCUUUUGUUUGUUAACAAUUUCCUGUGCAGUCUCGUUAUAUGUGUUUCUUGUAAACAAAUUAAAUCUAAUUGUUCCUUUUUAAUAUAUGAAAUACUGACUUCCUCUUCUGAGGGAAUUCAAACCCCGACAGUUCCAUGUUAAAAGUUGCAGGGCCAUGAUGUUAUUGUUUUGAUACUCCUCCUACUGCACCUAGUGCCUGUUCCUCGUCCGUCAGUGGUAUCCCUUCUUUCGAGCGAUCUUUUGGUUCCGGAGUUAGUUCUUUUUGUAAGUCUUCUCCGUGGUCUCUGUAGAAUUUAUCUUUGUCGUCUUCCGAUCUUAUUUUCCUCUUCUUUCCCUUGUAGGUAAAAGACAGGCCUUGGGGGAGUUCCCACCUGAAAUUGAUGUUGUUCCUUCUCAGCAGGAUAACCAGAUCUUUAUAUUUUGAUCUGAGCUCCAGAAUAUAUUUCGGAAUGUCUUUGAAUAUUUCCACCCUUUUCUGAUGAAUUUCCAAUGUUUUCCUGAAGUGUAGGCCCAAAAUCUUAUCCCUCUCUUCUUUUGUUCUAAAAGUAAUCAGACAGUCUCUCACUUUCUUUUCUCCUUUUCUCCCAAGUCUAAAUGCGUUUACUAUUUUGAAACUGUCUUUUGCCAGUUCUGGAUCCCAAAAGUCCAAAAAUUCCUGCGUGAGAAAUUCAGCUAAAUUGUCCUUUUCCACCUCUGGUACUGACCUGACCCGAAGAUUUACUUGCUUCUCCCUCAAAUCUAUCAUAGACAGAGUUAGUUUAUGGUCUUCCAAUUGUUUAUGCAAUGUUGGUAAUUCCUCUUGAACCUCCUUAACAUCCGUAGCAGAAGUUGUAGCAAUUUCUUUAGCCUCUUCAGCAAUCUGGCGAGUUGCGGCCGAUUCCUCUAAUAAUUUCUGAAUAGUCUCAGUGUUGGUAUUUAUUUUUGGCCCAAAUUAUUUAUACUUGCUGUAUUUUGAUCAAUCUUCUCACAAGCCUCUGCUACUUGUUGACUUAUUUUACUCAAAGAUUCAUUAACUUUGGCCAAAACUUGAGCAAAGGCUUCUUCACUUGUCGAGCUUUUUACCUUUGAUUGUGCCGAUGAGGCUGUUGUUGAGGUUCCAGAAGGGCCUGAGACCAAAACUCUCCUUUGUAAUCCUUCUUCUAUGCGAAUGUUCCUCCCCGAUCUUGUAGUCGAAGCCUCCGUCUUCUCUUUAUCUGCCAUUCCUUAGAUAAUUCUCAAGGUCAGACACGUAGUUAGAAUUGUACAGUGGAAAUUUCCUUCCAAAUAGUGUGAGAACUCCUCAAGCCUGCUACAGUUUCAGUUGUAAUAAGUUGCAACAGUUCCAGGUUCCACAAGGGGGACACUGUAACAGUCCUAAAAGUUCUUGGAUACUUUAGUUUCCUUCUUAAGUCCCCCUAGUUUGUUUAACAGGGAAUCAAUCUAUCACAGUUUUCAGCUUAAGACCAGGAGAUAUAUAUUCACAAGAUCUUAUCCAAACUUUUUAACCAAUGCAGGACUAGCUGUCAAAAUGUAUUACAAGACAGUACCUCUUUUUUUCCCCUAGGAUCUGGAGAGUCCUUUCCCAGGAAAUUGAGUGAUGGUUUAAUCUCUUCUUUUCCACUCUUAAUAAAGAAAUCACCUCCAAAGAUCUCCCCCUAUUUUCCCUCAACUUAUAGAGGGAAAAGUCCAGGUUCAGUGAUUGGAUUAAAGUCCUCUAAAAACGUCCUUUCCAAAAGCUUCCGUUUUCAAGUUCAAUGCUUUAAGUCUCUCUACAAUAGAAGGAGGUUGACUUCCUUUUUAAACCUCCUCCGUUUUCAGCCUGAUUCCAGAUCUAAUUUGUACAGUUCCAAUUUGAGUAAAUCCUACUCACGGAUCGUUGCUUUCCAAGUCCGAAUUUCAAGAAAGAAAGGCAGCGCUCUCCGAUUGACAGCUUGCGGCUUCACUCCACGAACGAGCAGACAGCCCACAGCACCGCGCUCUCCCCCGCUCCGAUUUCAAGCCCGUUUCUGGGCUUUUUGCCGGGUUGGGGGGGAACACCAAAUGUGCCCGCUGGGUCCCAGGUUCACAGGCUUCCCCCGCCUGUGAUUUUUAGGGGUCCCCCGCUGCGCCGAAGCGGGAUUCGACCCUUUUUUCGUGGGGCUUAUUCCCUCUAACCGAGGGAAUCCGCCAUUAAUCGCUGGCGCCGCCUCCGGAAGUUCCAGCUUGAUAGUGUUUUUGACCCUUUUCAACAAAUCAGCCCCUUUUCCAUAGUCCAGACUAGACUCCAUGUGGUAUUUAAAAAUAUGUUUCAGAUUCCCUCCAAAAUUGAGAGCCCCGACAGCUCCAAACAUUGACGGCCCAUUGCCAGACUCGAAAAGUCCAAAUCUCCCUGUAUAGGAGGGUCUGUCCAACCCCCCAUUUCCAAACCAAACCAAACUUUAUCUUUCCAAGUCUGGUUUUUUCCAAGUUCAUUUGUCAAAUCCAAAAAUUUAUGUUCCUGCUGGGCCGCAGCUCCCUCCGUCUCUGGUGCCCAAGAUUCAGCAACAUCCUCUUCUCUCAGCUGUUCUGUCAUGGCACACUCCUGUUUUAGCUCCUGGGUGGGCUCCAUAUAAUUUCCCGCUACCUGUUCAAAGGUUCUAGCCGCAUGAGUCAUCAAAUCCGUCUUCUGGCUUAACUGAUCCAAUAGGGCAUUUAUUUUGCAGAGAGCACCCAACAGUGCUUCUGAAGACAUUGUCCUGCAAGGUCACAAAUCCUUUCCCACGGUUGUAAUCUGUGGCAGCUGCAAGCUCCCAGGGAUUAGUUACAAUUUCACAGUCCCCCUCUAGGGGGAAAUCUUCUGAUUGCUCUUUCUUUUAAAAACAAUAGCAACAAAGUUUCUUUUUUAAGGUAUUUUGUCCAUAUUUGUUCUUUUUAAAGUGUGAAAGGAAACAAUGGAAUCACUAUGUUUCUCUUCUUUUAACUAUCUGUCAAAAACAUUUGUUUGUUGUCAAUGAGCUUCAAACGUCAAUUCUGACACCCCGCUCCAGGAUCAGGGUGGUGGAAAAUUACUUUGCUUUAAACUCACUUCUGCAGGUUUAAACAGCCCAAAAAAGAUCCCCAUUCUUCUCCUGCUGCCGAAGGGGGGUUCAGCGAUUUUAAAUGAUGAAAACCAAUCUUUUGAAAGUGAUUUUUAAAGCUCUAGUUUAUGUUGUCUUUGCUUUAUUCUGGCUACAAGGAAACGGAAGGCUGACUUCCUGUUUAGACCUUCCCGUUUCAGUACCAAAUUAAAGUAAAUUUUUAAGUCCAAAUUCCUUUCUAUUUCGCCAGUUCUUAUUUAAAGUCCAAAUGUUCAAUGUUCCAGUACUCACGGGUGGUUAUUUUAGAUGCCAAAUUGUCCCAGGAAAAAGGCAGCGCUCUCCGGCAACGGCUAUGUGGCUUCGCUCCGCAGAAAAAGCAAUUGACUCACAGCACCGCGCCACUUCCCCCUCUUCGCUUCGGAGCCCGUUAGUGGGUUCCUUUGCGGGUUGGGGGGGCGCUAAGGGUGCCCGCCGAGUCCCAUGAUCACAGGCUUCAUCCGCCUGUGAUUUUUAAGUGGGUCCCCGCUUCGCCGUAGCGGAAAGGACCAGUUUCGCGCGGAGCUGGUCCCUCCAGUUCAGAGGGAGUCCACCAUUACCGAUGGCGCCACCCCGGAAGUCCAGAGCAGUUAUUAUAGAGGCUUUGGCGAGCCUGAGCAAAUGCAUCCGCCGUGAGUUUAAAAAGGGGAAUGUUACUCUGCUAAAUUGUGGAACUUGUUAACACAAGUUGGAAAGGCUAUAAUCAGACAAUAUAUCCUCUCCUGCAUCCCCCCCACGGGGGUUGGUCUGCAUGACCCUCGGGCGUCCCUUCCGACUCUCUCUCUCUGCUCCCCCAGCCCCUUCCCGGCCUGAGCAGCCCCUCUCUGUCCCCACAGCCAGCACUGCAGGGCCGUCCUGUACUGCUCUGAGCGCUGCCGCAAGCUGGACUGGAACCGCAGCCCUGAGGACAUCGGGCACCAGUUCUGGUGCCAGCGCAUGGCUGGGUACAUGAGUCGCAUCCGGGAGCUGGCCACCCUUCCUUUCACCUUCGCAGCAGGUGGGCAGCUGGGGCGAGGGCCCCUCAUGGCACAGCCUGGGGUCGGGGGUCAGGCGCUGGGGGGGAGACAGAGUCUGGGGUCCUGAGAGGCUGAGCCCCCCCACCUCAUCUUCCCCGCUUGUUUCCCUUGCAGAGGUGACCAGCGAGAACUUCAACAAAGAGGGCUUCCUCUCUGCCAGGGGUCUGACCCGCGGCUACUGGGCCGGAGAGAGCAUGCUGGUCAGGGCGCCCGACUACGGCGUGGGGCUCCAGGGGGGUCCCGAGAAGCCUGUGCCCUUCCUGCAAAGCGGUGAGGGGGCAGUGGGCCUGUUGGGCAGGCGUGUGUGUGUGUGGUGCAGACCCACGGAGUCCAGGUGGGGUGGACAGAAGGGGGGGCCAGGAGCCUCUACCCCACCUCCUUCACAGCAGGACUGGGGGGCAUCGAAGCAGCUGGGUGAAAUCCUUGCGAGUGAAACUGUGGGACUCCCUCCCACCGGAGGCAGUCUUGCUUCCAGAUGCCUGCUGCUGGAAACCGCAGGAAGGGAGAGCGGCUCUUGUGCUUGGAUCCUGCUUGUGGUUUCCCCAUUGCACUAGGUGGGCCAUUGGCCUGAUCCAGCAGGGUGCUUCUUUUGGCCCUGUGGAGCUUCCAUGCCCAGAAGCAGUCUAUCUGUGUUCCUAGAUUCAUAGGGGGUAUUUAUCCACUGCAAGAACUGGAGGCUGAACUAGAUGGGCCAAUGGCUCUUCUGGAUCAGUCCAAGAUGUCUGGGCCGUCUGGGGCAGAGGAGAAGAUGGCGCCUCUCCUUGUCUUCCUCCUCCCCCCAAUUCCUUGCACAGAAGCUGCCUGGACUGGCAGUCGAAACUCACUUCUGCGGGGCAAUGGGGCAGCAGCUCCUGUCCCCUGGAGUGGGGCUGAGGGGAUUCCACAUGCUUGUGGGGUGCACAACCAGCUGUAUGGCACCCACAGUUCUCUCGAACAGAGGCAAAUGAUUGGGGGGGUGCCACUACUGCCCCCUCUCUUCUCUGCCAUCUCCCGGCUCCCUCUGCCUAAGGCUGGGGCAGCUCCAUUGCCCUACAACCUUGACAUUCCCUUCCCUGACCAGCCUUUUUCUCACCCCCCUAGGGAACCCCUUUGAGGCGCUACGGCCGGAAGGAGGGAUGGCUCUUCCGCCAGCCCCCCCAGAGCCUCCCAUGCCCCGGACAUUCUUUGGUGAGACAGGAGGUCGGGGGAGGGGGAGUCAGAGCUUGCAUCUUGUAACUGAUGUACACAAGGCCUUUUCAAUGGUGGCUCCCCACUUGCAGCAAGCUUUCUCCAGGGAGGCUUGCCAGGUGCCGUAAUUACACAUCUAUAGGCACUGGGGUGUGUGUUUGGGGGGGGGGAAUCCUUUCAGAUUGGGCCUUCAGCUUUUAAUCAUCAAUGGCCUUUUUGCCUGGGUGAAAUGAUUGAAUCUAGGUUUUCUAAAAGAAGAAGAUUGUCUUUUAGAUUUAUAUGCCUGUCUUAACAUCCAUAUGUGCCUGUUUUUUGCUUAAAAUAAUGCAAGUUGCUUUGAAUCGCCCUGACAAAAAAGCGAUGGCUAAAUCUGAUUAAUAGCCAUCCUACUAUCUGGGGAAAGGGGACGGGCCCACUUCUCUGACUCGCUACUGCCCCCCCUUCCCACAGGGUCCUGGAAGGAGUAUUACCAGUGGCGGAGGCUGCCCCUCGGAGCCCCUCUGGCCGUCCUCCUCAGCUACCCCCUCACUGCCUACUACAUCAUCACCCAGCUGGCCCCUCAGCACUGUGAGUAUCGGGGGUAGGCCCCAGCCUCCUGCAGGGUUUGUAACAUACAUGAAACAGAGAGAGAACGGGUGUAAGAAGAGGCGAGGAAUUAAAAGACGAAAAGUAAAGCUGUAAAAUGGGUGCAUGGAAUAAGUGCAGCCGCACAGGAGUCAAAGGAACAAGUAAAGAGAAUUAUCGGCAUUAUCAGUUCUGGUUCCAGGUCUUCCAGGCUUGCCUUGAAAAGGGCGGUUCUGUUAUAUAUGCUGUAAAGGGAAUUCCAGGUCAUACAAAAGGUGUCUGCCAGUUCUAGUCCUCAUCGAUAUACCAAAUUAUGUGUGAUUCUCUCCAUAGUACCUCUGUUCCGGCGACUAAGCUGUAAGAUUCGGACACUGUUCCCCAUUGACUUGCAAUUGCUAUUUGUUCUGCCAAGAUCGUAGAUAAGGCCAACUCUUUUGACUUUAUACCAACAUCGACAUCAUCGAAAAUAUUCAGUAGCAUUAAUUUUGGGCAGCAAACCAUAGUUUCUUUCGGAAUACUUAUCCUCCCUUCCAAAACCCCCACCUGGCCAUGAAGCUCACUGGGUGACCUUGGGGGCCAGCCACUGCCUCUCUUAGCCUAACCUUCUUUGUGCAGCUCAGAGUUAACCUGUGGAACUCCCUCCCACAGGGAUGGGAGGCAGGGAUGGCUGUAAAAGAGGACGGGACAAAUUCAUGAAGGAAGAGAGGGUUGUUGGUGGCUCCUAGCCAGGAUGGCUCUGCCCUGCCUACAAGGUCAGAGGCAGCGAUGCUUCUGAAUCCCAGUUGCUAGAAACCUCAGGAAGCGGGAGCUGCUCUUGAGUUCAGAUCCUGCUUGUGGUCUUCCCAUAAUGGGCCCUAUUGAGAAUCCUCUAUUUCUCAGGGGCGUUGGGUCCCUGUGAGAGGAGGGUGAUGGGCCAGAUGGGCCACAGGCCUUAUGAAGCAGGUUCUCCUGAUGUUCUUCAAGUCAACAAAGCUUUCCAAAGGUCCUUUGUGACUCCUGGUCUCCCCCCUCCUUUUCUUCUCCCUCCAGUUCCCGAGCUGAACAUCCUGAACAAGCAGUCUCUCAAGAUCCACGUGGUAGAGGCAGGCAAAGAAUUUGGGGUUCUGAUGGUCUUCUGGGUACGUGAUGGGUCUCCCCAGCGGGGCAGAGGCGCAAUUGGGUGUGAGGGAGGGAGGGUUGAGGGAGAGCUGGGCAAACUGGUACCACUGGUUCUGUAGCCCAAGGGUUCUCUGGGCAGGAAUUCCUUUCUAUCUAUUUCUUAUUGAAACUUACGGAUACACAAUUGGAAAAAAGAUCAUGCAUCUUUGUUCUAAUAUAUGAUUACAGCAUCAAGACUUUUAAUAUGCACAAAGGUGGAAAGACUCGCCGUUGCCAUCACUGGAGGAACGGUUAUUAAAAUAAUUGGACUUAGCCGAGAGGGCAAAAUUGACAUAUUUAAUUUGAGAAAAAUCAUUGCCAACAUUUACUAAAUAUUGGAAACCUCUCAUAGACUUUCUGCAAGUUUGGCCAUCACUGGUUUAGAGUAAAGAACAAUCAGCCAGCAAAAAGCUCAGAGAGCUCUUCCUGCUUUUCUAAAGCUUCAUGGAAAAUCCAGAGACAUUCCCAUUCUGCAUGGGACAAUGACAAUAAAGAUAUCGUAUAUCAUAUAUCGUAUCGUAUUUCAGUGUGAAUUAAACCAAUUAUAUGUAACAGGAAGUACAGGAAGUUUGCUAACAUUCAUCCAUUUUCUCUUUUCUGACCCCCUUCCCCCCUGCAGGAGUUGUCGGUGCUGCUGCCCCACGUCUCUCUGGAGCUUCUGUUUGUGGGGGACGCCCUGCCCCCCCAAUUGGACGGCCAGCAGUUUCUCCUUCAGAGGGAUGUGAGUCUGCCUCUGCGGAGAGGGGGGAGGGCCACCAGGGGCAGAUCUACUAAGCAACCAAUGAGGCUUCAGCUUCAGGGACCCUGAUCCCCUCCCAAAGUAACUUUAGACCACAUUGCGUAAAUUUUUUAGGUCUGGUAGUCCAUAUUUGAGUCACACAAAUCAAAAACGGUAAGGCAGAUAAAUUUUUUAUUCACACCAGGGACUUUGGACACGUGAGAUAAUCCAUUACAGCAAUUUUAAUCCAAAUCUUAGGUGUAGUAGUUUAUUUUAUGUGAUGAUCUGUCAUGAAACAACCCCACAGUAUUCCCCUGAUCAACCAGGCUUGUAACUCCAUUAAAAAUAAAUAAAUAAAUAAAUAAAUAAUAACAAUAACAACAAUGAUAAUAAUAAUAAUAAUAAUAAUAAUAAUAUUUAUUUAUACCCUGCCCACUCUGGGCAGCUUCCAACAAAAUAUUAAAAUAUAAUAACCUAUUCCAACAUUAAAAGCUUCCCUAAACAGGGCUGCCUUCAGACAUCUUCUAAAAGUCUGGUAGUUGUUUUUUCCUAUGACAUCUGGUGGGCAGGUGCCACUACCGAGAAGGCCCUCUGCCUGGUUCCCUGUAACUUCACUUCUCACAAUGAGGCCUGACUUGUUUUUGAGAAAUCCAUGCUGGGUCUCAGUAAUCACAGCAUUGUUUUCUAAGUGUUCACAGACUGUUGAAUUAUCUGUUCUAUGUCAAGUUCACCGGUUGGUAGUUACCUGGGAUUUAUCCCCCCCCCCCCUUUUGAAGAUGGGGACAACAUUUGCCCUCCUCCAGUCUGUAGGAACCUCACCUGUUCUCCAAGAACAUAGACAAAGGCUCUGAAAUUACAGCCUCAAACUCCUUUAUUACCCUUAAAUGCAACUCAUCAGGCCCUGGAGAUUUGAAUUCAUUUAAAGUAGCUACUGUAGGCGUCGUAUUUGCCAUCCUGUAUUAAAACCUCCAUUAAAUAAGGUCCUUCUUUAAUGUUACCUAAAUCUUCCAACAUUCAGCUUCAUUGGGUGUCCACGGAUUCUCGUGGCACCAGAGAGGGCAGGAAACUUCUCUCUAUUCACUUCCUCCUGGUUGUUCUUAGCAUCCAUCUGUUGCCUCUGCUGGGUUUUCUUUCCCACUUUUAUGGGAAGCAGAGCUGGGGUUCACUUAAGAAGCUCAGAAAAACCUGGCCGCUGGAUCAAGCCAAAGGGGCCCCAGCUAGUCCAACAUCCUGCUCUCAUAGCGGGUGACCAAUUGCCACCUGUAACAGCAACAAUAACGGCUGGGUUGCCCAUGGCAAACCCACAACCAGGAUUUUCCCUUCCUGUGGUUUCCAGCAUGUGGCAUUCAGAAGCACUGCUACCUCUGACCGUGGAGGCAGAGCAGAGCCCAUUGAUAGCCCUCUUCUCCUUCAUGGAUUUGCCUCAUCCUCAUGGAAAACCACCCCAGUUGGGGGCCAACGCUGCCUCCUGUGGGAGGGAGUUCCAGAGGUUAACUCUGCACUGAAUUAGGGGCUCCCUCGAUCUGACAGAAGCACUUUGUGAAUCCCCUCCUUCUCUUCCCCCCUUCCAGGAGGAGCAAGGUGUCUCUGUCUGGCCUGGCCGGGCCCGCCGAUGCAAAGGGGGGCGGCGUGAACUGCAGUUUGGGUUCAGUGCCCGCCCCUACCACCUCCUGCAGGCGCCCAAACCGGACCUGGUCAUUGGUGAGAAUAAAGGGGGAAGGGGCCAGGAGAGGGCGGGAAAGUGGGGAGGGGGUGCAGGGAUGGGUUGGGCUGCUUGGCCAGAGAAUGAGGCAAUGGCAGGGGUGGGGGUAAGAAAGAAUCCAGCUGAAAAAUGGGGAGAGGAGGCUGUCUCUAUCUGAUGCAGAGAGUUCCCCAUGUUAACACACCCCUUUUGUCCAGGGUUCAACUCUGGAUUUGCCCUCAAGGAGACUUGGCGGAGUUCUCUGCCGCGACUUCAGGUAAGCCGAGCCCACUCAUCACACAGUACUUAGAAAGGAGUCUCCCCCUCAAAACUCCUCCCUCCAUCCUGUGGAAUGACAUCACUGUGACAUCAUCUCUUGACAUCACGGCCAUUGGAUACAGUACUUUGGCCCAGCGUACAGCGUUGUGACGUCAGACACGCCUUUGCUCUGCUUCUGAAGUGAUGGCGUCUCCCGUCUCCCGAGCCCAAUUCUCCAGUUGUGAUCAGGCCUUUGCUAUGAUGCUGUGACCAACUGACACCAUGUAACUGCCUCAGAGCUGGUGAAAUAACUGCCCCGGGGUUGGCGGCAAUUCACAGGCAUUUGUCUUCCAGGCUGAAUUUUGAUUCUAGAAAUGCAGGCAUUGAAAAUCUUGCAGAACUCCAAAUUAGGAAUGCAGCUGAAUUUAGAGGAUUCAGAGAAAAGAGUAGUAAAUGGUCAGCUCUGGCUGUUUAUCAGCAGAACUGCAGAGUUUUUUGGGAAACGGAAGGCACACGUACAAAAACAACCUAUUCCUUUUCAAAACUGAAGUUUGACAGCUCCUGGUCUCAGCAUGGAACCUUCAUGGUUUCUGGGACAUAACAGCUCUGUACAAAAUAGCUCCUGGGGCAGCAGAAGCCAUGGCAGAGGCAGUAGGGUGUACUGGUUAGACUGCUGGCAGAAACCGGUGUUCAAAUCCCCCCAUGAAGCUCCCUGCGUGUGACCUCGAGGCGCCACCUGUUAGCCUAGCCGACCUCACAGGGCAGGAGAACCAUGCCACCCUCAGCCCCUUGGAGGGAGAGCCAGGCUGUAAAUGCAGCAAGUACAUAAAUGCAUGAAGUACAGGCCAUUAUACAGGCAAGGGAGACACCCCUCUUGAGUGAUGGAGCUGCCAGGUCCUUGUCCCCUCACUUCUCUCUUCCUCCCUCUCUCCAGUGGUUGUGUAGUGGUUACGAGGGGUGGACUCGUAAUCUGGUGAGCCGGGUUUGCUUCUCCGCUCUUCCACAUGCAGCUGCUGGGUGACCUUGGUCUAGUCACACUUCUCUGAAGUCUCUCAGCCCCACUCACCUCACAGAGUGUUUGUUGUGGGGGAGGAAGGGAAAGGAGAUUGUUGGCCGCUUUGAGACUUCUUAGGGUAGUGAUAAAGCGGGAUAUCAAAUCCAAACUCUUCUUCUUCUUCUUCCACCUUGCAGUCCCUUCGGGUGCCGGCCUACUUCACCGAAUGCAGCGAGUACAGCUGUGCCGUGGAUGAGGCCGCCGUCUCCAUGGCGACGGGGGGCAGCGCCAGCCCUGCCCAGAUCAACCCUUUCCGGUCGCCUUUCCGCCAGGCCGGAAUCGACAACGCCAUGCCCUGGUGGGUACCCCAGCUGUGGUUCUGGCAAAGCCGCUCACUUCUGACCUCCCCCCCCCCCGCCCCAGAAGGUAAUUUUGGAUGUCCCUGACCCCAGUCCAUAAAGCGAUUGAAAGGGGCGACCUCUUGACCUCUGACCAAUGUCCUGCUGACUCCUGGCCUGGUCAGUUUUUGUCCACCAUGGGGAAAGCUUCCCAACCACCUUUGUCUUUUUGCCUCCAUCUUUAUGGCACUCCCCCCACCUCCAGCAAUGCUGGAGUUGGGCUAGAUGGCCCUUGGGGGACCCUUCCAACUAUGGUUCUUUCUCCUCCUUUCCAGGAACUGAACCCUCUGGUUCUGCAACUCCCCUAAAUUUGCACCCUUUGCCAACAUCCAUCCAUUCAUUGAAAGUUCCCCGGACCUCUAGGGUAGCAGACUAGAAAUCCCCCAUCCAACAGCACCUUUUAACAUGAACAGCACGGAUUCCUAGACUCACAGAAUCCUGGAACCGUAGAGUUGGAAGGGGCCGUGAGGAUCAUCUAGUCCAACCCCUGCAAUGUAGGAAUCUUUUCCCAACGUGGGACUCAAACCCCUGACCCUGAGAUUGAGAGUUGCCUGGUUUCUGACUGAGCUGUAACCCAAGAAAGACACGCAGUUCCGGAUAAGGAGGCCUUUGAAGCUUUUUUAUGCUUAGUGCUAAUUCAUAUUAGUAUUAACAAGUCAUCAUGCUGGCUCAAGCCACACAGAUUUCAAGGGGGAGGAAGAACGUCAGGAUCAGGCCCAAGGGGCCCCACCUGGGCCAGCCCAGCCUGUCCUCGCAGUGGUCAACUACCCUCAGGAACCGAGGAAGCCAGAUAGACUGCCUCUGUGCCUGGGAGGUCCCAUGAGGACGGUUGCCUCAGGCCCCAGGGGACCCGCCCUGCCCAGCAUUUUGCCCCAUAGCGGCCAAGAAGGCGCCCCAAAGGGAAGAAGCCCACAAGCGGAAUCCGAGCACAACAGCUCUCUGCUUUCCUACAGUUCCCAACAAAACUGGAUAGCUCAUUCUUUAAGAGCGUAGGGCUGAUAACGCCAAGGGUUGCCGGUUCAAUUUCCGCAAGGGGCAGCUGCAUAUUCCUGCAUUGCAGGGGGUUGGACUGGGUGAUCUUCAAAGGCCCCUCCAACUCAGUGAUAAAUUCUAUGAUAACCUCUGGCAGAGGAGACCAGUGUGGCUCAUAAUGGUUGAUAGCCUCUUCCUCCAGUCCAUGAAAUUGCCUAAUCCUCUCCCAAAGCAGUGCAAGUCCUACCCCAAGAUUCCAGAAAUGUGUGGCCGCCACCGAGAGGGCCCUGCUCUCCCAUUCACCCCUCUGCCGCCUCUCGCUGCCAGGUACUCCAACGCCUUCAUCUUCCACCUGAUCUACAAGGCAUCCUCAGCCAGCAACCACCGGCAGACCCCGCCCCUCUGCCCCAGGCCCUGCCACCCAGCGGGAACGCUGACCCCCCCGAGGCAGCCCGGAGCAGGCGCAAAGAGAAGAGGCAGAUCCGGGCGGCAGGGCGGCGGCGCAAGUGAUAGGGGUGUGGAGCAUAGAAGGGACAGGGCAAGGCAGGCAAAAGAAUAAACAGGAAUGGGCCAACGGCGCUUCCGUUUCCUCUCUGGCACAACUGCCCUCUGGGGGAGGGGCCCGCACAAAGGGUGGCGCCCUUGAGAGAUCUGUGGGUCACCGCCCUCUGUGCUUCAAAAGCAGCACGUCUGCCAUUUUGGGGGGAGGCCUGAUCCCUGCACGUGCUGCGUCUUCCAAGGUUUCGGAUCAGUUUUGCAAGAGCCCCCAAGCUCCUUCCGGUUCCUUUAAUGUGGCUAAGAAUAGGGGCAAGCGAAUCUCAAACAGGCAAAGGAAUUUCAGAAGGGAGAAAUGAAUUUCAAUAGGGGCAGAUGUGAAAUUUUGCACUUAGGCAGGACGAACCAGAUGCAAAAGGAUUUAGGGGUCUUGUGAACACAAGCUUAACAUGAGUCCACAGUGUGAUGCAGCAGCAGCAAAAAAAAAAGAUAGUCACUGUUAGCUAGGCUGCAUCAACAAAAGUAUAGCAUCCAAAUAAGUGUAAGUAAUAGUCCCACAUGAUUCUGCCUUGGCCAGACCUCACCUGGAGUCUUGUGUCUAGUUCUGAGCACCAUCAUUCAAGAAGGAUGUUGACAAGGUGGAAUGGGAGCAGAGGAGGGUGACCAAGAUGAUCAAAGGUCUGGAAACCAAGACUUAGGAGCAGCAGUGGGGGGAGCUGGGGAUGUUUAGACUGCAAAAUUCUUGACUUAGAGGAGACAGGAUAGUGAUCUUCAAGUAUCUUCACGUGGAGGAUGGAGCAAGCUUCAAGUUAGAAGAAAGCUGAUUCCAAUUGAACAUCAGGAAGAACUUUCUAAUGGUAGGAACAGGUCAGCUGUAGAAAGGACUCCCUAGAAAGGUGGUGGACUCUCCUUCCUUGGAAGAUCUGAAGCAGGUGGUCAUCUUUCAUGGGUUUCUGUUGAGAUUUUUGCAAUGCAAGUGGCUGGACUAGAUUCUACAAUUCUCCCAGCUAGCUCUUUGAAAGGGAGUUCGGGCUGAAGCCCUUUCCUCAUUUCAAGCACUGAUAUGGUUUCUCCCCACUAUGAGUUCUUUGAUGGCAAGUGAGACUGGACCUCUGCCUGAAGCUCUUUCCACAUUCCAAGCACUGAUAUGGUUUCUCCCCUGUAUGAAUUCUAUGAUGGGACGUGAGAUGGCAGCUGUCACGGAAGGUCUUGCCGCACACCAAGCAAUUAUAUGGUUUCUCCCCACUAUGAGUUCUUUGAUGUGAAGUGAGACUGACUCUGUAGCUGAAACUCUUUCCACAUUCCAAACACUGAUAUGGCUUCUCCCCUGUAUGAAUUCUUUGAUGGGGAGUGAGACUUGUCCUGUGAAUGAAGCUCUUUCCACAUUCCAAGCACUGAUAUAGCUUCUCCCACUAUGAGUUUUUUGAUGGUGAGUGAGACUUGCCCUGUGAAUGAAGCUCUUUCCACAUUCCAAGCACUGAUAGGGUUUCUCGCCUGUGUGAAUUCUUUGAUGGGAAGUGAAAUAAUCUUUCCGAUUGAAACUCUUUCCGCAUUCCAAGCACUGAUAGGGUUUCUCGCCUUUGUGAAUUCUUUGAUGGGAAGUGAGAUCGGAGCUAUGACUGAAG